CCCCGCCAUGGCCGCCCCCGCCAACGCGCAGAGCGCCAGCAAGACCUGGGAGCUGAGUCUGUACGAGCUGCACCGAACCCCGCAGGAGGCCAUCAUGGACGGCACGGAGAUCGCGGUGUCCCCGCGCAGCCUGCACAGCGAGCUCAUGUGCCCCAUCUGCCUGGACAUGCUCAAGAACACCAUGACCACCAAGGAGUGUCUGCACCGCUUCUGCUCCGACUGCAUCGUCACCGCGCUGCGCAGCGGGAACAAGGAGUGCCCCACGUGCCGCAAGAAGCUGGUGUCCAAGCGCUCGCUGCGGCCCGACCCCAACUUCGACGCGCUCAUCUCCAAGAUCUACCCGAGCCGCGACGAGUACGAGGCGCACCAGGACCGCGUGCUGGCCAAGCUCAGCCGCCUGCACAACCAGCAGGCGCUCAGCAGCAGCAUCGAGGAGGGGCUCAAGAUGCAGGCGCUGCACAGGGCGCAGCGGGUGCGGAAGCUGCAGGCCGAGUCGGACACGGCGACGUUCAGCGGCCCCGAGGACACCGGGGACAGCCGCUCCCAGCUGAGCGGCGCGUCCGGCGCCGCCGAGCCCGGGCCCAGCCGCAAGCGCUCCCGCGGCUCCGACGAGUCGGGGGCGGAGCCCGAGCCCGAGACCCCGCCCCAGGAGGGCGUGGCCGGGCGGGGCAGCCCCGAGCCCGGCGGGGACGCGGGGGGCGGCAGCGAGAUCGAGCUGGUGUUCAGACCGCACCCCCUGCUGGUGGACAAGGGCGAGUACGCGCAGACACGGUACGUGAAGACGACGUCCAACGCCACGGUCGAUCACCUCUCCAAGUACCUGGCGCUGCGCAUCGCGCUGGAGGAGGCGCCGGGGGGGCCCGAGGCCGCGCUGGGGGACGUGAGCGAGAAGCAGUACAGCAUCCACAUCGCCGCCGCCGCCAGCUUCACGACCCUGAACGGGUCCCUGACGCUGGAGCUGGUGAACGAGAAGUACUGGAAGCUCAGCAAACCCCUGGAGCUCUACUACGCACCCACCAAGGAGCAGAAAUAGGGGGGGCACGGGGACCCCCCCCGGGGUCACCCCACGGACCCCCCAGGGUCACCCCACGGACUGGCUGGGGGGCCAGAGGGGUUUGCUGUUGGAUUGGGGGGGCACUGGGGACACACCCCCCCCAGUCCCUUGUCACCUGCUGGGGGGGGCAGCCCCAUUGUUCGUCCGCCCCCCCCCCACCAGGGAGGGACUCGGGGGGGUUAAUGGGGACAACGGGGGGGGUGACAGUUCCCUGGGGGUCCCCACCUCCCUGUGACCCCCCAGUGGGGUGAACCCCCCCGUGUGUCCACCCGUGGCAGCAGGUGGUGUCACUGGGGCGGGGGGGGGGGGGUGGUGGUGACAGUCCCUUGUCACCUGCUGGGGGGGGGGCAGCCCCAUUGUCCCCCCCAGGGAGAGAUUGUGGGGGGUUAAUGGGGACAAUGGCGGGGGGGGGGGUGAUAUUUCCCUGGGGUCGCCCCCCCCCCCCAUAGCAACAGGUGGUGUCACCGCAGCGUGACGUCACCUCCUGCCCUUUGUCCCCUGGGGGCGGGGGGGGACAGUCCCUUGUCACCUGCUGGAGCCGGGGGGGGGGGGGGGGGGGACGGACGUAUCCAUGGGGGUCCCCAUCUCCCCCCCCCCGCCAAGUGGGGUGACCACGGUGUCACUGGGUGGGGGGACACACAACCCCCCCAGCAAUAAACCAUCACUCGCGUCCUUUCUCACCUUUA